AUGCAAUUUACUUCUCAAUUACCAAAAGUCUUUCUUAGUGAAGUAGUUCAUUAUUUAAAGUCAUUAGAGAACGUUUAUACAUUUACUUUAGUUAAUAAGAAAUGUAAAUCAGCAGUUGAGAAUUUAACGUGUAAUCCUGGAUUUUGUAGGGGCAGUGAAAUAACGAGUGCAGAAGAGCAAUCAACUUUUAUUAAAGAAGUUCAAUUAUUUCCAAGACUUUCAACAAUCAAAAUUUCAAAUUUUUCAUCAUUUUUAUUGCGUUAUAAUCCACACCAUAUUCAACAAAUUAUGUUUUUAACUGAAAUAGAUUCUACUCAAAUACAGUUCAUUGGAAAUUUAAAAGAAAAAAUUACAGUACUAUCUCUUUUUGUUUAUGACGAUAUCGUUGAUCUCUCUCAAUUUAAAAAUCUUCAAAGAGUAUCAUUACGUGUUCACUUAAAUCACUCAAGUCUUGUUGAAUUCUUUCCUAAUACUAACCAACACCUCCAAUUUGUUCGAGUAAAAUUUCAAUAUUACGUUGAUGAAGAAUUUAUUAAUUCACUUCCAUUGUAUUUAUUCGAUAAAACAGUUCUUGAAUUCGAUACUAAAGAUCGACUUGAAUAUAUUAUUUCAUCUGUCCCAUCUAUUUUUUCAAGAAGUACGAUUGUUUAUACAGCGUAUUACACUGGAAUAGACGAAAGAGUUAUGAUCAGAAAUAGAGUCUGGGAAUUUAGCCAAGAAGAUGUUCAUCAAUUAGAAUAUCUUCCUGAAGAAAUUAUUAAUUGUCAUUGGUUUGGAGAAAAUUACGAAGAAUAUAGUAAUGACAUGAAUUUAAAUGGGCUUUAUAAAGCAUUAAAAAAUUAUCUUCCAUAUUUUUUGAUAAAUGGAAAUGGAAAUAUUCAAAAAUUACAAUGUCUAACAAAUGUUAAAUGUUUUACUCCUAUUCAAUUACCACAAAGUGUAACUUCAUUAGAUAUUACCAUAAAUAUUCCACAACAAUUUGAUUUAGAUGAAUUUGACUCUCUUAAAGUAUUACGAAUUACCUUUCAAAAUGCUAACCAAAUUUCUGUUAUCCCCAAAAGAGUUGUUUCUUAUGAACAAAAUGGUGGAAUAGUCCAACUAAAUAAUCUUGUUGAUGUCGAAUGGAUGAAAUUGCAAAAUAUAUCAUCAAUUUCACUUGAUAAUCGUUGUUAUGAAUUAACUCAUUUAGAAGUUAUUAAUUCUACUUUUAUUAGCCCAAUGUCAACAGUGUCUUCAUUAAAAGAACUUGUAUUAAAACAAACACAAUACCAAUAUGAUCGUUCCAUCUUUUAUCCAACAACUUUAACAUUUCUCAGUUGUGAUUUUAAUGAAUAUCAUCCCUUACCACUAAUCCAUUCUCUUCAUCUUAGAUUCAAUAAAAAUAAUAGUUAUUAUGUAGACAUCUCUCAACAUCCAUCAAUCCAAUCAUUAACACUUGAAGAAUGCGUUAAAUCAACUGUUCUCUUUCCUUCAAAUCUUUCUUCUAUUACAUUGAACAAUUGUUUCUUAAAACAAAAUAUAACAUUAUCUCAUUUAUUAAAUUUACAGGAGGUAACAAUAUCAUCUCAAAAUUUAUCUAUCCUACUUCCAACCUCUAUAAGAAAAUUAACUCUAGAUUGUUCUUUGAAUCUUUCUAUCCCAAAUAUUCAUUGUCUUACUCUUUUAUCUACCUUUGUUCUAAAUAAAUGCUAUUUUAAUUUUUACCAAUUACCAAAAUCAAUUCGCCAUCUUUACAUUGACAAUUCACUGAACGUUACUGACGACAUUCUCUCUCUCUUCCCUAAGUUACAAAAUAUUGAAUAUGUUCAUACCCAGUAUUCAUCAGUGUUUUGGGGAAAUUAA